CCAUGAAUAGGAAAGAAAAAAAAAACCUGUGUUUUCAGUGAAGUAUGCUUUGUGGAAAUUUAUAAAAUGACCUAAUUGAAUGAUGAUUAUAAGGUUGAUGAUGGAAUUACGUCCCAGGUAUUAGUCAUUAAUAGAUAGCUCUGUAGAAUGAAAAUGUUUGGUCAAUAUGUUUUGCGAGGUCAUUUAACUUUUGCUUUGAUUGCUUUUUUUCUUUUUCUUUUUUUGGACAUUAUCAGAAUGGUUGCGAAUGCUUUCCGCCAUCCUGUUGGGGUAAUUCAGCUCCAUGGUUCUGUUGGUGACAGUGGUUCUAUGAGCAAAUGUAGGCAGAUGUCUUUCAGAUUUAUCUCCAAAAAUUUUGCGGUUGAUGUGGGUUUGCUUAGAAAAGGACAAUGUGGUUCUAGACAGUGUAAACUGCAAGUAAUUCGUGCAUCUUCUUCUCAAACUUCAACAACUGAUCCAAUUUUAUCUACCUCAAAAGCUGAAAGUGCUUUAAUACUAAUUCGUCAUGGUGAAUCUUUGUGGAAUGAGAAGAACUUGUUCACCGGUUGUGUUGAUGUGCCUUUAACCAAGAGAGGUGUAGAUGAGGCAAUAGAAGCCGGUAAGAGAAUUAGCAACAUCCCUAUAGAUAUGAUUUUCACAUCUUCGCUGAUUCGUGCACAGAUGACAGCUAUGCUUGCCAUGACCCAACACCGCCGAAAGAAGGUACCAAUCAUUACGCAUAACGAGAGUAGACAGGCGAAAACAUGGAGUCAAAUUUACAGUGGAGAUACGAAGAAGCAAUCGAUUCCAGUUGUAACUGCUUGGCAAUUGAACGAAAGAAUGUAUGGUGAAUUACAGGGUCUUAAUAAGCUAGAGACAGCUGAAAGAUAUGGAAAGGAGAAAGUGCAUGAGUGGCGUCGGAGUUAUGAUAUUCCUCCCCCAAGCGGUGAGAGCUUGGAAAUGUGUUCACAAAGAGCUGUAGCCUACUUUAAAGAACAUAUUGAACCAAAACUACAAUCUGGAAAGAACGUGCUGGUUGCUGCCCAUGGGAAUUCGUUAAGGUCUAUAAUCAUGUAUCUUGAGAGAUUAACUUCUCAAGAGGUUAUUAGCUUAGAGUUAUCAACCGGUGUACCACUGCUUUAUAUUCAUAAGGAGGAAAAGUUUAUGAGGAGGGGAAGUCCAGUUGGACCUACAGAACCUGGUGUUUAUGCUUAUACUAAGAGUUUAGCUCUCUACAGGCAAGAAUUGGAUAAAAAGUCGCAUUGAACUAUAUAAAAGCAGGUAACCUCCUUGACGGAACAUCUGUGCUGAAACAUUUUUACUUGUUGAAAGACCUGAUCUUAACAAAUUGAGUGCUUAGUGUUUUGGUAUAGUUAUGUCCUAUACACAGUAUAACUAUGUUUAACGUUGGAUGUCAACCUUCAACUGGACAUGGAUUGAUUGUGUAGUUCAAUGUUCACGAGAUGCUUGUUUUCUCAGGGGACAACCUAUUUUUAUUUGGGGGCUUUUUCUGUUUAUGAAACAAUUGAAGGACAUAUGCCUGGAAUUCUGCAGCAUAUGAAUACAGCUCUGUGCCGUACAAAUUUUUGUUUUUCAAUUUGCAUAUCAGAAGUCACUAAUUAGAACAAGGCAUUGAAUUUCUGUAGUUUCAGUACAUUCCUGACGUCAAAAGAUAUUGGAAAAACAAGAAAAGUCACAUCAUACUUAACAAUGUUGAAACUUUUAUUGUAUGUUAGAGUGUGGGCAUGUUGAAGGAUUACAAAGGGCAUGGCCAUGAUUUUGCUGCUAUUUCUGAAACUUUAGUUAGAUAGUUAGGCGAUGGUUGACAAUUGAGACAGAUGUAUUCGAACCGCCUCUUUUGUUUGAUUUCCAAAAGUCAGAAAGGGGCUACUUUCUCUUCUUUUUUUUCUAGUUCUAAUACCAAAACAAAAAUGGUAACUGCCUUUUAAUGUAGCUGCAAUGUUGAAGUACUAAUUUUGGAAGUACUUUUUAGAUGCUACUUUCUCGACCGAAAAAUUGAAGCAUCAAUUGAGUCUCAAA